AUGAAUCUCUUUAUGGAGCUUUUGUUGCUUUUACCUAUAAUAAUUUACUCCUACAUAGAGGCUUUUGUGAAGCUUUUCAUUCCUGUGAAGAGGAAGUCUGUCAGUGGAGAGCUUGUUCUCAUUACCGGUGCUGGUCAUGGAAUUGGGAGAGUAACAGCCUAUGAAUUUGCCAAUCGACAAAGCAGAUUGGUUCUAUGGGACAUCAAUAAGCAUGGUAUUGAGGAAACAGCAGCAGAGUGCAGAAGGCUGGGGGCCACAGCUCAUGCUUUUGUGGUGGAUUGCAGUAAAAAAGAGGAAAUCUACAGUGCUGCAGAGAAGGUGAAAAAAGACAUUGGAGAUGUUACCAUCUUGGUAAAUAAUGCAGGAGUGAUUACAACUGCCGAUCUGCUCUCAACUCAGGACCAUCAGAUACAAAAAAUGUUCGAGGUCAACAUUCUCGCUCAUUACUGGACUACAAAAGCAUUUCUGCCAGCAAUGAUGAACAACAACCAUGGCCAUAUUGUCACUGUUGCUUCAGCAGCUGGUCAUUUGGCAACUUCUUUCAUGGUGACUUACAGUUCAAGCAAGUUUGCUGCAGUUGGAUUUCAUAAAGCCCUAACACAAGAACUUUCUGCAUUGGGAAAGGAUGGAAUAAAAACAUCAUGCCUUUGUCCUGUUUUUACAAAUACUGGCUUUGUCAAAAAUCCAAAUGUAAGAUUAAUGAAAGUUUUGGAGCCAGAGAAGGUUGCAAAUAAACUGCUAGAGGGGAUAUUGACCAACCAGAAAAUGAUUUUUGUUCCAUCAUUUCUGAAGAUACAUGUAAUAUUGGAAAAGAUUCUUCCAGAGCAUGCCAUGGCAGCAGUGUACAAGCUGCAGAAUAUUCAAUUUGAUGCAGUUGUUGGAUACAGAAACAGGGUCAUAAGUGAUUAG